CCCCAAACUAGCAGAUGGACUGGAUCUGUCCUUGUCUUUGCCUGGAGAGCGUCUUACUACGAGGGAGUGGCGCUGUGUGACUCUGCUGACCUGGUGUCUCAUUGUCUAGUGGAAUGUUGGCAGCAGUGCUGAAAGAAGUUACACGUGUGCAGGGAAACAGACAUUAUCCUAUUAACCAUUAGCAACCAGGUCCUCCUCCCGAAUCCAUUUAGUCACCGAGUAAACAGCACAGACGGAGCACAGUACUAAAUACAGAAAGCCACGAGGACAGUGCGCUCUUCAGAGCCUACAGGCUUCCCUGGACAUUAAGGGGACACUCUCAAGGUCAGAGGGACUGACGCGUUUCACUUGCAUUGAUUUUUAUCUCCUACUGGCCUGUGUGAUACCUUAUACGCAGGGGCUUUAUUUCCCCCCAACAGCUUCACUACUUAGUCGAAUUUUUCUUUUUGAAUGAAUGCCAGUGGGCCGGCCCCGAGGAACAACCCAGCGAUAACCAAAGCUUGCAAAGGCUACCACUACGGAAACGACCCUGCGAUAACAAACCAGUGUGUGAAGCCUCACACUGACCAACAGCACUAUCCUAACAAGUUGUGCGUACAGCCGCGCCCGCCGGAGCCACCCUACGCACGUGACUGUGGCAGGAAAAUGAUUGGAAUGAGAGCAGAGGCCGAGUUCCUGAGGAGGUGGAUGGAGCUGAGUGAGGAGAUGACCCUGGAAGGAGAGUCGAUGGGGAACAGCUCUGAAUCUGGCAUUCAGCUCAUGGAGAAUAACUCACCAUCUGCCCCUGGGCACCCGGGCUGGAGAGAGCUUCACCUGGCAGCUUGGGACAGCAACGCCCACCUGAUGAAGCAGCUACUGAGGCAGGGGGCAGUGAUAGAGAGCAGGGAUGAGAAUGGAUGGACGCCCUUACACAGUGCCACGCUGAAGGGGUCCAUCAUGCUGGUGAAGUUCCUGGUGCAGCGCGGAGCCGUGGUCCAUGCCACAGACAGAGCACACUACACCCCGCUGCACCAUGCCUCUUGGAGAGGCCAUACCCAAGUGGCUGAGUUUCUCCUGGCUCGGGGAUCCCCGGCAUCAGCCGUGACUAAAGGGGGCCUCACCCCACUUCACUGUGCAGCAGCCAGCGGUCACACCCUCAUCGUGCAGUUGCUCCUACGGCAAGGCACAGAUCCUGCCAGCGGGGACAACAACCGGUGGACGGCACUGCACUGGGCGACUGUGAACAGCCAGCUGCAUAUUAUGGACUUGCUGAUUUGCCAGGGUCUCUCCCCAGACCUGGGCAGUAACGGAGGCAUCACAGCACUGCACAUCGCGGCAGAGACGGGAAGAAGUGAUGCUCUAAGGUUCUUGCUAGCCAAGGGUGCCAACAUCAAUGCUCAGGAUGGGCUGGGGAGAACAGCACUUGCCAUUGCAUCCAAUAAUGGCAAUCAAGAGAUUACAGAACUGUUGCUGAAAAGCAAAGCUGAUGUGAACAUGAAGGACCACUACGGCUGCACGGCACUCCACAAGGCAGCAGCUGCGGGACACUUGGCCCUCGUCCACUUGCUGAUUAAGACAGGAGCUGUUACCAACAUUAGGGACUGUCUGAAUCUGACUCCGCUUCACAGAGCUGCCUGUCGUGGGCACAGCGAGGUAGCUAAUUACCUUCUGGACCAUGGAGCUGAGAUCAAUGCAGCUGGCUGGCUAAACAAAACCCCGCUGCACUUGGCUGUGGAAAAAAAUCACUUCCUUUUAAUGGAGCUGCUGCUGGGGAAGGGGGCAAGUCUGUCCCUUAGAACUCGCUGGCAUGAAACGGCACAGGAUCUAGCGUCAGACAGGGCCCUACCUGCGGGCACUCCAUCCGCUUCCCAGGAGAAGAUGACAAGCUGCAAUCCGGACCUGAACUAGAUCCCAACUCGAGUACAGUUAGCUGGACCUGAGAGACAUGAGAACAGCUUUGUCCUUCAGUUUCCUCUGCUGCCAUCUUGUGAAGAAGGAUCAGACUUUCCCAUCAUGCCAGUAUUAACCGAUAAAGGGCCUGAUUCUCAUUUACCUUGUUCUUGCAGUGGAACAGAACCCUAAAGGGGGUAUAAAUAUACUGUAUAUCCAUUGUAAGGCCCCUUUAUACUGCUAGAGUGGUGCCACAGGGCCUGAAUAUAAAUGAGAAUAAGGCUCUAAUUUUUAAAAGGUUCUGUCUUUACCAAUGUGCUGCUGUAAUACGUAUUUACUAGGGAUGUGAUUAAACCAUCUUUGGGGAUUCAUUAGAUACCAGAUAAUGUAGCCAGUGGAUACUAAGAUGAAUCAGAGAGGUGGGGUGGGUGGUGCCCAAGGCGCAAGAUGAGGCCCUGGAAAGGGUGGUCGGAGUAAUGAAGCAGCAGAGGACACGGUAAGGGAGAUUGGUAGAAGAUCGGCCAGGCAGCGAGAAGAAGCAAGACCACACUUAAAAUGGCUGCCGUCAUCACAUGGUGGUAGCCAUUUGAAGUGCCUGAAAUUCACUUACCAUUUAGCUUGGGAUGCAGAAGAAGGGCAAAAUGGCCAGAUCUGUGCUAUUUACAAUCACCCUAUCUCUAGAAUACACCUUUGUACAUUAGAAUAAUCCUAUGCUGAUGUCAUCUUCUAUUCAGCCAGUGGCCAUGUAAUAAACCUGUAUGCAUAAAAGAAACACUGAAUCAACUGAGAAAUUACCAGCUCUUGUAGCAUAGGAAGCACUGAAUCAGCAAAGCUGUCAUCUAGGCAAUAACUGCACCUGCUGCCUCCAUAUAGGGCAGGAUUCCAAAUGAAUGCAG